CAAGAGAGAUGAUACUAAUAUCAUGCUGAUGUGUACAGAUUAUUAAUAUUUACUGACCAUAGGAUUACUGAGUUGAUCUUUCCCUUUUAAGAGUCUAGAGUUAUAACCUAAGAAAAUACCAAUAGCACAUUUUGUACAUCUGACAUAUGAUCAAGUACUUAGUACCAAGAACUUCGAAUUUAACCAACUACAGUUACAACAGAAGAAAAGGCCAUGCAAUAAUCUUCCACCACAAAAAACUUCCAAAAAAGGGCAGUAAACAAUUAAUUUCCCGGUGGUGGCUGGCAACUGGCAAAUAACAACUACAUAGAUGCAGAGCAUAGCCAUAGCCAAGCCGACCUUUCCUAUUUCCCUUUCUCUUCUCCUUCCGUUCGAUCAAAUCUCUUUUUUCUUUCUUUGUUUUUCGUCAUGUGUAAGUCUCUUUUGAAACUUGUUUGUCAUGCAAAGCCCUUACCAGUCACGUCACCACCCUACGUGUCACUUCCUCACCCUUCUUCCCCUGCUUUUUAUAUUCCUCCCUCUCUCUCCAUCUCUUAAUUCCCUUCCACACUACCCUCUCUAUCCCACAUCUCUAAACUCUAAAAACAAUCUCAUCAAGCUCCAGAAUUUCUUCAACAACAACAACAAUGGAUCGUACACACCCGCACCAAGUCCAGGUCCACUCCCAGUUCCCAGGCCGCUACGAAGGCGGAUUCAAGGGCGGCAGACCUGAUUACCAGCGAACCGGUCCGUCCGCUUCGACCAUACUCGCUGUCAUGACCGGACUCCCAAUCGGUGGAACCCUCCUCGCGCUGGCAGGGUUAACCCUUUUUGGAACGCUCAUUGGACUGGCGGUGGCGACCCCUGUGUUCCUAAUCUGCAGCCCUGUCAUCGUCCCUGCUGCUCUGACCAUCGCGUUUGCAGUCACCGCUUUCUUGUCCUCCGGGCUGGUCGGGCUGACCGGUCUCACCUCGCUGUCGUGGUUCGCUCGAUACCUCCGGAUGGCGACGGAGGAGGUGCCUGGGCAGCUCGAGGAGGCGAGGAAGAGGGUGCAUGAUGCGGCAGGGUAUGUUGGGCAGAAGACCAAGGAAGUUGGGCAGGAGAUCCAGAGGAAAGCUCAGGAAACAAAACCAUGAAAAUGGAAGAAAAAAAAAAGAAGGGUUUAUUUGCAUGUAAUGGAUUCAGUUCCAAUGUUGUUUUCUUUUUCCCGGUUUCCUGAAUGUUAAGAGGGAGAAUUUGAUGUUCUAGUUUGCUUCUUUUGGUUCUUUGGGGUUAAUUACUAUGUAUCUUCUUCACUGCUAUAUUACUACUUACUAAACACUACUCUGUUCCCCUUGGUUUCCUCUGUUUCACGAACAAGGCCUUCGUUUUCUUGCUCUGGUGUACACUAAGCACACUGGUUUGGUUAUGUGGUGGAUUUUCUGAACUUGAUGCUAAAUAUGGAAAUAGAUGUUGCAAUAAAAGCUUCACUGUGGCAUGUCACAGCUCCAAUUAGGGUUUGCUCCAUAAAUCGAAUACUAAAACGGGAUCCAUUAAUCCGUGUCCUGUGUAGACGUCUGUUCACUUAACCCGUUUUUACACUGUGGAACGGAUAUGAACAAUUGACAUACUCCGCAGAUUUCUAACCCUCACGAACUGGACAAAGCUACAGAGACCUUCAUGGGCCGAAGGAGAUAAGGUGAGCAGACCCAGUAAGCGGUGAGCAAACAAUGGGCCCAUUUAUUAGAUCUGUGCAUAACUGGGCUUCGGGACUUGGAUUCUGCCAUCAUAUUUUGUGCGUCCAUAUGGGCCUUUAGAUUCUUCAGCGACAGGUCCAAAUUUCAGUCACCAUUUCCAAGGGGAAUGGGCGUUUGAGAUUAGAUUAGAUAAUUACCAUUUACCAGGACAGGUUAACUCUUGCUGGAGCUCUAAUCUGUUCGUGGGCCAUAGGGGGUACAGCCCAGUGGGCUUCUUUGGAAGGGGAAGAAAGAAAGGUCUAAUCAGAGGCACAAUCAAAUCAAUCAAUCAAUCACUCUGAAUUUUUCUUUUUGUUUGGGACCAUUUUGUAACAGAGCUGUCUCUGGUCAGGGUCAUUUUGGAGGGGGCCUCCUUCUGUUUUACCCUCAACUUUUUGGGCGGUUGGAGGAUCGGAUGGGCCCAUUCAAUUUCGAAACAGGGGUUUAAUGACAUGUAUUAGAAAGUGACCCGUCCGGGAUGUGACCCAUUCUUGAAAAAGAGUCAUGCAAGACUAAGGUGCUGGGCCAUCGGGUCCAGGCCCAUAUUCUCGCCUCCUAGAUUAAGACCCUUUAACGCCCAUAGAUUAGUACAUCGGAUGGGGACUUUUCGCUUUGACGGUGGGCCCAAUAACACGCCAUUCCGCCCGUGCGCAUGCUCUGUUUGUUUCUUAGCUCCAUUAUUUACUUGUCAUGUUUGUUAAGACGCAAAUGAAAUGGAAUUUUAGGUGAAGAGUAUCUUUUGUUUGACUUCCUGGCCACAUUGACCCCAUCUAUACAGGCCUUUACACGAAAUUGUGGUCUACAUUAUUAACGAGUUAAUUAGUUAUUAGUAUGUAUAUAUGCAUAUAUAGCUCCUAUCCAUAGUUCCAUACAUUGUUUGAGAAAGUUUACUUGUAAUGGGAAUUAGACAAAAGUAAGUUUAAUUUGGAGAUAUAAUGUUGCAAAGGGAGACUAGGAUACAUUUUAUCCGGUCCCAUGAACUCUAAUCUCACAGUCCCUCUGGUUUUUGCUUUAUAGGUAUUUAUGACUGUUAUGAGAUUGUCGGACGAAGAUUCUAUUUAAUGCUCAUAGAUAUCGUCGAAAUUAAUAAAUUUUGAUGAAAUUCAAACAACGAAAUGAUAAUUUCGUUGAAUUUUAAAACGAAUUAUGUCUCCACAUGUCAAUAGUUCCACAUAGGGCUCAACCUCAAAUUAUGUGAGCCAAAGCUUACAAACAUAUAGGGCGGUUCUUAGGGAGGGAAGGGGAUGUUGGAGGAGAUGCUAGUAGGCCAAUGAUUAGGAAGAGAAAGAAAAGAAGAGACAAGGAGGCAAAAGGGAAUGUGCGAUCAUGUGCAAAUAAUUGCAAUACAUUAAAACAGUAUAUUCAAAUAUAUAAUUCCAGUUUGAUUGAUAUGUGGAUAUAAGUAUCCGUUCGUAUAAAUUCGAAGUUUUCGAACUACACAAUUAAGUGUUCUAAGUCGUUCGAUGCAUGUUGUUUAAAUGACAGACAAUACAUGCACUCCAAUAACUAUUUAAGAUAGUAAAUAAUGUCACUCAACGGUAUAUCAAUCUGUUUUGAUGCCUAUCCUGCGAAAAUAUCUAUACCGGCUUGCCAGACAUGUGAUGUCUGCAGAGCGUGGACAGAGGAACUUGGGUUCUUGAGUACAUGUGGCCUCAUGAGGAAGGUGAUCCGUCACAAUUUUACAGCAUGUAUAUAGCAGCAGACAGAUGGGAUUAUAUCAUCAUUUAUCUCAAGAGUAUAGCAGUACUACUGCUAGUGAUGGACUAGUGUGGUACCUCAGUUUGCAUAUUCACCAAACAGUAUGCAAAUUAGUGUACUGUUAGUACUGCAUGGCGCCCUACCAAAUGAAAGCUCAAACAGAAGGGGGACAAUGGUGAAAACGAGUUGUCAGUAGAAAACGUUUGAAGAGCAGAAAGAGGGUCAACAUGCAUGCACUACCCAUGAAGUUGCUUCAUCUAAGCUUUGUCGGUGUCAAAACCAAAUUUAAGGUGGUGGUGUGUGCAAGGUAUAAUUUUUUGGCCACUCUACCAACUCGAAUUAUUGUGAUUUAAUUAGUUCUCGCAUGAUAUUGGCUAGCUAGAGGGUUUGACCUCUGUGUUCGAGUACCGAAGAUCCUCAAUAUUGUUUAGCGCGCUUUUGAUUGAGUAAAAUGUAUGAAGGGCUGGAGCAAAGCUCAAUAUAUUGAAAUAUAAGAUUCAUUCCUAGACAAUAACUCGAGUUAUUGAAAAUAUUUAACGCAUCCUUGAGAGAAAUAUGCAUGAUCCCCAAGCGAAAGUUGAAAAUUGAAAUACUUGAUUGCAUACAUAGAUCUCCGACACGCUAUGUAUUUAUAUCAACAAUAUUCUUUAAUGUUGGUCCUGGCUCAUUAGGGAUUGGACGUCAACCUUCAAUACCCAACAACUCCAAUACUUGAUGCAUAGGUCCAAUCCACUAUUUCGAUUAUGCACACAUUUAUCCCAACUAAUAACUCGAAUUUUCAAAA